AUGGGCAACAUGUUGAGCUCACUGUGUCUGACAGUGAGCUUGCUGUUCGAGACAGUGAGCACCACUGGUAGCACAAUUGCCGACCUCGGUAACAAAAACUCGGUAUUGAAGGCCGGAGGACCAACAGUGAGCACCGGGAUUACCGAUCUCGGUAUUCAAACCUCGGCAUUGAAGGCCAGAGACCUCAGUAAUAAAAACUCGGCAUUGAAGGCUGGAGGUGUCCAAAAACUCGGUAAUGAGGACGAGCAAUGGAUACCGGUGGUCAAAAACUCGGCAUUGAAGUCUGGAGGUGACCAAAAACUCGGUGAAGGAUUCAGGCAGUCAAAAACUCGUGAUCAAAAACUCGGCAAUGGGUGCAAAAAACUCGGUAAUGAAUACAGGCAAUCAAAAACUCGGCAGUGUCGAAAUCUCGGUAAUGGAGGGACUGCCGGAAUCUCGGUAAUGGAAGGGCUGCCGGAAUCUCGGGGACAACUCGUACGACCGUCACAGACGGAGUACAAGCUCGUACGAGCUUCUGCAGUGUUUCAAUUCCGCCACCUUAACCAUGCCACGCACAGCAAUAAAACAAAGAGCACCUCGUACGACCGUUCCAGACAGGGUACAGACUCGCAUCAGGAAAAAACGACCUGUCUCGGGAGUGCACCCGAGGCUCGAGAGCAGUUCGAGCACGGCGUGACAAGUCCCCCUCUCUCGAGGCACGCGAGCUUGGCAGGGCGCCUCGCGGGCGCUCGGGAGACACAGCCGGCAGCUCGUCACUGUCCUGCUCUCUGUAUCUACAAUACAUGGUUCGACCCACCACACGACGUGGCAACAACCGAGAAUCGCGACGUCGUGAAGGCGCACCGAGCCAAGCACCCACUCGUCCAGCGGACGUGCGGCAGCGAGCGCGUCGAGCUCCACGAGGGCAGAUGGAGAGAAGCGUGGGACGCUCGACGGGUGGUCAGUGAUAGAAGUGGUGGAGGGGUUGACAAGCGGGGUCUUGCUUCCGCUGCGCUCGCGGAGGAGGAGAACGGUGUCCUGGUAGAGAACUGGGGCGUGGGGCCGAGCGCGGAGAGCCCGAUGGAGUUUGCAUGGUCCGCAAGCCGGUGGUCAGAACACAGUUACCAUCAAACCACGACGUACCACUGUCCAUUCCCCACCCACUUGACUUUGAGGGCAGGGAACACAUUUGAGGACGCGACGGUGCGAGCAAACGAGGUUGAGAUGGGCGAAGAAGAAAGAGAUGAAGUCCACGCCAGCUGGCAGAGCGCAAGAGGCGCGCUGGGCGACUGGCCUGGAGCGCGUUGGAGUUUGGCCCACCCCACACGUGCGGAGAACUGUGGUGAACGCGUGCAAAAAUCCGGCGGCCACGUCGCCGCUCUCCCCAUCCUCGGUCUCGCGCAGCCCGCGGAGGCCAGUUCGGAAAAGCAGCCGGCGACCACCUGGAGCAGGAAGACUGGGACUGGAGGGCGCAGAGACAAGAUGAUGCGGCAGGCAUACGCAGUCAUGACGCGCUGGAGCGCGACUUCGACUGGCGCAUUGUCGCUAGUGUCCAGAACAUCCACGAUAUUUCGGCCCAACCCUCCCGCAGACAUCAACUUGAUGCAGGUGUCCUCAUCCUCAUCCUCCCCCGCCCCACAGCGGCUCUGGGCCGCAUCUGCGGCCACGGCGGCGAUGUGGAAGACACAGACCUGGGCUGUGAGGAGCUCCGCGGAGCGCGUUUCGAGCAACGCGGCGUUCUGCCAGUGCUCCUCGCGCAUGGUGGCAAGCUCUCGCGGGAGUUUGCUCCUGUACGCCUCAACCCAGGAAGCGGUGGCGUAUGUGUCUUCUGUUAGUAUUGUGUAG